GGAGCGGGACCCAGGAUGGGCUCUAAGUACCCACCUUCUAUGAGGGGCUGCCUGCCCCUGUGGACCCUACUGCUGGUGGUGGCUUUCAUUGUCAUCUUCUUCUUUUUCACCUCCUAUGACACUUCCUCACAGGAUCCAAAGGAGCUCACGGACACGUAUCGAGUCCUGCAAGAUGUCACCAUCAUGAUGGCCCUUGGCUUUGGCUUCAUCAACUCGUCUUUGCGGAGAUACGGCUGGAGCAGCAUGGCCUUCAACUUGUUCUUGCUGGCGCUGACGGUGCAGUGGGCGGUCCUGCUAAAUGGCUUCCUGGAGCAGCUCUCCCCCCAGAAAGUGGUCAUCAAACUGUCCAGUAUUAAGCUGGCCACCAUGAGCGCCAUGUCUGUGCUCAUUUCAGCGGGUGCCGUUCUAGGCAAGGCCAACCUGGUGCAGCUGGUGCUGAUGGCACUGGUGGAGGUGACAGCCUUUGGCGUCAUGAGGAUGAUCCAAGCCAAGUACUUCGUUAAGGACGACCAUGUAAACAUGAUGCACAUCCACGUGUUUGCGGCCUAUUUUGGGCUGAUGGUGGCCUGGAGCUUCCGGAGGCCUCUGCAUGGGAGAAUGAUGGAGAAAUAUCAGACAGAAAAGAGAUCCAGUUUGUUCGGCAUGCUGGGAACCCUCUUCUUGUGGAUAUUCUGGCCAAGUUUCAACUCUGCUCUGCUGCCGAACGAAAGGAAGAAUGCCAUGUUCAACACCUACUAUGCUCUUGCGGUCAGCACGGUGACGGCCAUCUCGGUGUCGUCCUUGGCUCACCCCCAAGGGAAGAUCAACAUGCAUCAUAUCCACAAUGCGGUACUGGCCGGAGGUGUGGCUGUGGGUACCUCGUGUUACCUGAUCAGGUCCCCUUGGCUCGCCAUGGUGCUGGGCCUUGUUGCCGGACUCAUUUCCACCGGAGGAGCUCUGAGCCUGACGAUGCGUUUUAACAACAUGCUGGACCUCCAUGACACCAGCGGCGUGUACUACACCUUCGGCUUGCCGGGUCUCCUUGGGGAGAUCGCCCACAUUGUGCUGAUAACGCUUCAAGACGACUGGACCAAGAGUACCAGGGUUGAAUACCAGUUGCUCUUGGACAUUGGGGCCCUGAGCUUGGCCCUGGCUAUGGGUCUGAUAAUUGGUCUUUUGACAGGUUUGGUCUUAAACCUCAAAAUAUGGAAAGGACCUCAUAUGUCUAACUAUUUUGAUGACCAACUUUACUGGAAGUUUCCUCAUCUGGCUGUUGGAUUUUAAGCAAAAGCAUCCGAGAAAGAGAAGUCCUGUCCGAAGUCGAGACAGCCUCCUUUCAUUGUUGCUCACCUUUUUUUGUGAAUGACACAUACUCUUU